CAAAACAAUUGCUCAGUGCUGUGUUAAUGCCUGGUGAUUUAUGUUGAACGUUCUGCAAUAAAAAUUAAUCCUCGAAAUGCAUUUGAUUUAAAAUUAUUAUCUAGCACCUCUAGUUUAUAAGUGGAAGCUAAUCGCAAGAUCAUAGCUCAACAUGGGUCGCAUUCGGUGGCGCCUGAAAGAGUUUCCCACUAAACUGAUCAAUUGCAUUCGCUUCCGGUAUCAGUAUUCCAUACGAUGCAUUCGUUCACUCACCUAUAAUCAUCACAUGAACCAAUCGUACGCGUCGGAUGUCUGCCUGGAGCCGAUUUUUUGGUUUGUGGACAAUUUUACUCAUCUGCUUGGUCCGUUUUUUGUAUUUGCGGUAGUUUGCCUCACGACUGCUGUAGUUAUUAUAUGCUACUGGAUCGGAUUACCUUACUGGUGGAACAAGAGUCCUAAUAUGACGUACUUCCUACUAAUCGUUGGUCACUGGUUGCUAGCAAAUGUGUCGUAUAAUUUUUAUAAGGCAGCUAUUACUUCGCCAGGCGUUCCGCCAGAGAAAGAACUGAUCGUUGAGGCUGUAAGUAUUUGCAAAAAAUGUAUAGCACCGAAACCACCACGCACUCACCAUUGUUCCGUAUGUAAUAAAUGCAUUUUGAAGAUGGAUCAUCACUGCCCAUGGCUCAAUAACUGCGUUGGUUAUGGGAAUCAUCGUUACUUCUUUCUCUAUAUGCUUUACACCACAUUGGGAGUGUUGUUCAUUAUAGUUUUUGGUUUCGAGUUGGGUUACAAUGUCCUGAUUGUUGGAGAUGGCGAGGGAUGGAAUGAAGUAGAGCCACUUCACGGACAUCCAGUUAGAUUCAAUCUUUCCGGUCACAUAAUUCCAGUGACUGAGAUGAAUGAUUACGUGGACGACGGACUAGAACCAGCACAACAUGACCUGCCUGUGCCUCAGGAAUACAGUAGUGAUACGUCGAAACAUCGUGCGAUCAUAUUUAUGGCUUUGAUCAACGUGGCCACACUGUUUGCUUUAGGUGCUCUAACUUCGUGGCACAGUUCCCUCAUCACGCGGGGAGAGACGAGUAUCGAGGCACACAUUAACAAAUCCGAAACAAAACGACUUUCUGCCUUGGGGAAAACCUAUCAGAAUCCGUAUGAUUUUGGUCCACGGCGUAAUUGGAGGCUGUUUCUUGGUUUAGUUCGAAAACGAACCUGGUGGAGGCAUGUACUAUUGCCAUCGGGCCAUAAACCUGAGGGAAAUGGUCUUAGUUGGCUGACAAUUAACGAUUUCAGUGCGAUCGAUGGUGUAGAUGAGUGGCCAUAAGAGCAGAACCGUGAUAUUAAAUAAAUGCAAUCCAGCUAGUCUUAAUAUAUGCAUUAUUUGAUCUCGAUUGUAUUUUUUUACUUGAAAAAUUAAAUACAAGCAUAUGAUUCCACGAUUGUACCAAUUCAAACC